AUGCAACCCUCCACGCGCCAAUGCUGCGCCGCGCCGCGAUCCCCGACGACCACAUCCCGGCCCGCGCCGAGCAGCAGCAGUCGCCGCCUCUUCUCCGGCUCGCCCGCGCGGCGCGCGCAAAGGCCGCAACCCGCCGACGACCCCAACUUUGUCUCGACCGUCGACCUCGACCCGACCAUGAUCCGACCCGGCCGCAAGCACGGCCCCGGCCUCAUCAUCCUCGCUCUCAUCCCGAUCACGGCGUUCGCCCUCGGCACCUGGCAGGUCCAGCGCCUCGGGUGGAAGACCGAGCUCAUCGCCAAGUUCGAGGACCGCCUCGUCCGAGACCCCCUCCCGCUGCCGCCGCACGUCGACCCCGCCGCCGUCCGCGACUUUGACUACCGCCGCGUCGUCGCCACCGGCCGCCUACGGCACGAUCAGGAGAUGCUGAUCGGCCCGCGCAUGCGCGACGGCCAGGACGGCUACAUGGUGGUCACCCCACUGGAGCGGUCCGGUGGUGCGUCUACGAUCUUGGUCAACCGCGGCUGGAUCAGCAAGAAGCACCGGGACCAGCGGACGCGCCCGCUGGGGCUGCCGAGGGGGGAGGUCACGGUGCAGGGGCUGCUGCGCGAGCCCUGGAAGAAGAACAUGUUCACGCCGGACAACAGGCCGGACAAGGGCGAGUUCUACUUCCCGGACGUCAAGCAGAUGGCGGAGCUGACGGGCGCGCAACCCGUCUGGGUGGAAGCGACCAUGGAGCCCGAAUAUCUCAAAAUGAUGGAGUACGAAAGCCGCGGUAUUCCCUUUGGCCGACCAGCCGAAGUAAACCUACGCAACAACCACGCCCAAUACAUCUUCACCUGGUAUGGACUCGCCGCAGCGACAUCCGUCAUGAUGUACCUAGUUAUGAAGAAGCCCGCCUCUGAUGUCGUCCGUCGGGUGCGCGCCACGCGCACUCUGUAA